GCGCGCUGUGUGUGUGUGUGCACAACAAUACUAUACAUAUAUAUAUAUAUAUCUAUAUAUAUAUAUAUAUACCAAUACAAGUGUGACCGCACUCACACACGGCAAGCAGAUAAUUUAUUUCAAAUAUGUACAAUAAUUCCGGCAGCCGUCGACACGCAUAACACAGGCAAUGGAUGGCAGAACUAAAACUGGAUAACUGCAUAAACAAAUAUAAAUACAAUACAUUAAACUAAGCAAUAUUUAAUUUUGUUGAAAAUUUAAAAGUGGCGGAAAUAAACAUCAACCAGUGAAAAUUCUAUAAUCGUUGAACUCGCGAACACAUAAAACCAUGACUAAAGCAAUUUGUAAUUAUAACAAAGACAAAUCGAACGGAAAAUGGUAGUUAAUAAUAACGUUAACAAUAAUAACGAUGUUGCAAAACUCUAAAGUAAACAUUUUAAGCCAGUUGUAAAUAUUAAUACAUACAUUAAUACGUCAUACAUCAUAUAAAAGUAUACAUACCUAAAUUCAUAGCACGCAAUGACAAAACAAUUUUAAUAUCCAUAAAAAAAAGAACAAAAGCAAACCAUAGCAUAUAUUACCUUGAAUAAGAAGUGUUCUAUUAUAUAGAAAACUCAUUUAUAAGUGAUGUUUAAAUUCGAUAAGCAACUGAAACGCGCACAAGAUUGAUACAAAUUUUAAAUAAUAAAACGUUUAAGCAUAAGGACAACCCCAAGAGAACUACAGCUCAAUUGGCUAAAGAAUACAAACGGGAUAAUUUGGAAAUUCCUUGAAGAUCUUCGAUUUACUGAAAUUGAAUUAUUCGAUUCAACUCGAUACAACAUACGCAUAUUUCAAUAAUCGCAUCUAACUAAAUAAUAAUCAUUACUGAACUAAAAUUAAUUGCAUUAACUUCAUUACUUAUCAAACCAAAAAUCUGGAAGAAAAAUUUAAUAAAAAAGGUUGAGGAAUUGUUAUAAAACAACGGAAGCAAAAAAUCAAGCAAGUUUAACACACAAAUCAGUAAACGGAAUAAAUCUACAAACAAUUAUUCCACACGAUCAGCUCAAUCCUUAUAUGCCAAUUGGAAACAAUUUUGAUUGCAUAAAAAAAAGAAAAGGAAUAUAUAGCCGCCAUUUUUGCAUACACAAAUAAAGAAAAAGUCAAGUAAAUCAAUAGUAACCAAAUGCUACAAAGCACUGCCAUAUACAACUGCAACGGAUUGCAUUAGGAGAACUAAUUGAAUAGCUCAACAUAUAUAGUAAUAAUAAUAGUAGCAACGACAGAAUAGAACAACUAUACAAUCUCGGAGACCACGAACAAAUGAGAGAGAAAAGGCAAAACAGGAACAUAAACAGCAAAUUAAGAACUUGUAAAAUCUCCCAGUAUCUCCAAAUGAAUGAAGCCGAAAAACGGGAAAGGAAGUUGAUAUAUGAACUUUUAUUGUAGGAAAAGACUCAUAAAAAGAAUAGGAAAACGCUCUUCGGGUUGUAAAGAAAAUAAGAAGACAAAAGAAGACAUUAUAAUGUUGCAAACAAUAAAACAUAUACUUGCCAUAUUGAUAUAAAAGAAGAACGUUGAAAGGCGGUGGAAAUUUCAUAAGUUUAGUAGGUAUUAAGGAAAGCCCUGGCACACAACACAAAAGGAAAAAAAGGGAACUAAACCCCCACAAAAAAAAGAAGGAACAAUGAAAGCUGCAGCAGCUGGAUAAGGCCGAAAAAAUCAGAAAAUUAAAUUAUAGUAAUCUAGUAGGAAGCAGACAACAUAUCCGCUGGCAACAACCAACACCGAAAGAGACUAUGAAAAAUGCACAACUGAAACUGACUGAAGUUGACGAUGAUGAGCUGUGGCUGGCAGUAAGAUUAGCGCAUUGCACCAGCAGCAGCAACACCAACAGCAACCCGAGAAACAGCAACAGCAUCAGCAACAAGAGGCUUAGCCAGCAACUCACCCAACUGCAACCAAGGAGCUUAAGUACAAAACACCACAGCAACAUUGCAAACAAGCAGCACAAUAGCCAAGAGCAGAAGCAAGCACCAAAAGCGGAAUAUGUAGCCACCCACGUGAGCAGCAAUGACCAGCAGCAACAGCUAGACAGCAGCAACAUGUUGUCGCCAAAGACAGCUGCAGCAAUUGCAAUUGCUGGCGGCGAUCAAGCAACAACCCAACAACCAACAAACAUAAGACUGUGUGCACGCAAGCGACAAAGAUUGCGUCGCCGACGAAAAAGAAAACCAGCAACCCCAAACGAAGCAGAAGCAGCAACAGCAGCAGCAGCAUCAGCAGCAACAUUAGCAGCAGCAACAACUAGCAAUAGCAACAGCAUAAGCAACAGCAAUCUGCAUCCGAUAGCCACCUACAUGCAAUGUCGCACCAGCGAUAACGACACCAGCAAUCCGAUAUCGAGUCAUCACCUCUACCCGGCAACCUUCGUGUGGAUGUUGAAGGUGUUGCAGGUGUUGCUGGUGUCGCUGCAACAGUGGCAACUUCAAGUGCAACAGCGAGCGGAACUUCUGGUCAGAGGGAUCGCGAUCAGCACCACCGCCUUCAUUUCCUAUUUAGGCAGCUUUGCGGCGCAGCUGAGGAGCAGAUGCAAUCACAGCAGCAGUUCCAGCAACCACAGCAGCAGCAGCAGCACGCAAAUAAUCAACGGACUUAAUAAGCACUCAUGGAUAUUUUUAUUGAUAUAUUUGAAUUUAUCUGCUAAAGUUUGCCUAGCAGGAUAUCAUGAAAAGAGACUGUUACAUGAUCUUUUGGAUCCUUAUAAUACACUAGAGCGUCCCGUUCUUAAUGAAUCGGACCCGUUACAAUUAAGCUUUGGGUUAACUUUAAUGCAAAUUAUCGAUGUGGACGAGAAAAAUCAAUUGCUAGUCACGAAUGUGUGGUUGAAACUGGAGUGGAACGACAUGAAUCUGCGCUGGAACACCUCCGACUAUGGAGGAGUGAAGGAUCUGCGCAUACCGCCGCACAGGAUUUGGAAGCCGGACGUGCUGAUGUACAACAGUGCGGAUGAGGGAUUCGACGGCACCUACCAGACGAACGUGGUAGUGCGGAACAACGGAUCGUGCCUGUACGUGCCGCCGGGGAUCUUCAAGUCGACGUGCAAGAUCGACAUCACGUGGUUCCCCUUCGACGACCAGCGCUGCGAGAUGAAGUUCGGCAGCUGGACCUACGACGGAUUCCAGCUGGAUUUACAAUUACAAGAUGAAACUGGCGGUGAUAUCAGCAGUUACGUGCUCAACGGCGAGUGGGAACUACUGGGUGUGCCUGGCAAGCGUAACGAGAUCUAUUACAACUGCUGCCCGGAACCCUAUAUAGAUAUAACCUUCGCCAUCAUCAUCCGCCGCCGUACGCUGUACUAUUUCUUCAACCUGAUCAUACCCUGUGUACUGAUUGCCUCCAUGGCCUUGCUUGGAUUCACCCUGCCGCCGGAUUCGGGUGAAAAAUUAUCACUGGGUGUUACCAUCUUGCUCUCGCUGACCGUGUUUCUCAAUAUGGUUGCCGAGACAAUGCCGGCCACUUCCGAUGCGGUGCCACUGUUGGGUACAUAUUUCAAUUGCAUAAUGUUUAUGGUAGCUUCAUCCGUUGUGUCAACGAUUUUAAUAUUAAAUUAUCAUCAUCGAAAUGCUGAUACGCACGAAAUGUCCGAAUGGAUACGCAUCGUGUUUUUGUGCUGGCUGCCAUGGAUCCUGCGGAUGAGUCGACCGGGCCGCCCAUUGAUCCUGGAGUUCCCGACCACGCCCUGUUCGGACACAUCCUCCGAGCGCAAGCACCAGAUACUCUCCGAUGUUGAGCUGAAAGAGCGCUCGUCGAAAUCACUUCUGGCCAACGUUCUAGACAUCGACGAUGACUUCCGGCACAAUUGUCGCCCCAUGACGCCCGGCGGAACACUGCCACACAAUCCGGCUUUCUAUCGCACGGUCUACGGUCAAGGCGACGAUGGCAGCAUUGGGCCAAUUGGCAGCACCCGAAUGCCGGAUGCGGUCACCCAUCAUACGUGCAUCAAAUCAUCAACAGAAUAUGAAUUAGGUUUAAUCUUGAAGGAAAUUCGCUUUAUAACUGAUCAGCUACGUAAAGAUGACGAGUGCAAUGACAUUGCCAAUGAUUGGAAAUUUGCAGCUAUGGUCGUUGACAGACUGUGCCUUAUCAUAUUCACAAUGUUCACAAUAUUAGCCACAAUAGCUGUACUACUAUCAGCACCACAUAUUAUUGUCUCGUAGCCAUAUGGGCGAGGUGGUUAUUGUUAUUGGUUUUAUUAUAAAAUCAAUUUGUUAAUUAUUAAAUUAAUAACGAAACUUUUUAAGUAAAUUAAAACUAAAAAAGCAUAAAAAACACACAAAAAAAUAGGAAAACACAUGAUAAAAAACCAUUGACUAAAUAAUACAUCCAAAAAUGCUAAAAAAAAAAACAACUAAAAAUUCGUCUCUGAAAACACAAUAAUUUAUUUAUAAAACUCUCGUUUAAAAUGUCUUUCAUUAAAAUCAAACAGACACUAAAAAAGAGACUUAAAACCACAUCAUAUACUAAAACGUUAAAAACUAACUAAUUCCAAUUUUCCUAAUUCUAAACAAAAAAUCUAAAUAAUGGUAAAUCAAAGAAAUCCCCUUCCUUCCCCGCGCCCCCACAAGCCAGUAUCUAUAUUUCUUCCAUUGAAUAUAUAUAUACAUAUAUGUUUGACAAGCGAGCAAAACGGGUAUAUUUUCUUUUUAGAUUUUAUAUUUUAUAGAAUAAGCGAGGCGAUUUCAACAAAAUAGUUACACAAAUUUUCGAAACUUUUUUUUUGACAGACUUCAAAGGAAAUUGCAGUAUUUCAUAGCAAAAGCAAAACCCCAGACCUUUUUGGAAGACUUCAAUUUGUGAGCUUUAUAGUAGAAAAUGUAGGUGGGAAAUUUGCAACGUGUAUAUGAUAUGAAAACCCAACGUUUUUGGAUCUACAGAAGGACAACUAAAUUUGUAAUCUUCUUCAGCAUUGAAGUCAGUCCAGGGAUUUGUUCCGAGCAACUUUUUGCUAACAAUUAGUACCUAGGCCAAUCAAGUCAGUCCUCCUCAUCCCCCUCUCUAGACGAAACUGCAUUUCCAAAACAGAACCAAUUAACCCUACAUAUCCUUAACUGUGUAUCUAGAUCCCAGACCCCGAUUUGAUCUUAAGUUCAAUGUCUAACCAAAACUUGAUAAAUCCAAAACCAAAACCCAAAAACUAAAAACUAAAAACCAAACCCCUUAAAGCUUACCAAAACCAAUAGAAUAACCAAUCUGAAUUGGAAUUACGAAAAUUCACUGGAAUAUAACAAAGAAAUUUGAAAAAUCAAAAUGAUGAUGAAAAGAGCGAAGAAAAUAAGAGUUAUUGGGAAGAGGCGAGGCACAACAGGUAAAGAAGAGCCCAGAAUGCGUUCAGUAAAUGAAAUGUAUCCGAAGCACUGCAUUUCAUGUUGACUGGCGCUGCACGAGGAAAUGAAUUUAUGAAAUUAAAUGGUUGCGAGCAAUAAUAUCUGCGUGUUGAUGAAUUGCAUGAUUUUUGGUGAUGCAAACGAUGAUCGAUCGAACUAUUGCGCAAGGUCCACGACAGAGGGCAAGAGUUCGCUCCUUCAGCGCAUUGAGAACAGCUAUACAGUCUAACUUUCGGUAUUGAUUUCCCUCAUUUACAGUUACGUUUUGUUUUCGAUUAUUGAAUACUAAAAGUUAAGGACACCAGAAAGCAAUUCAACACAGAAUACAAGCCAAACAAUCGAUUGGAAUAGAGGCAAGCCAACAAAUACAGUAUGCGAUACCAAUAUACCAAGAUACCAAUAACAAUGAACAUCACAAGACCCUAGAACACUUAACAUGCCGGUGCAUGGGUAAUUAUGUGCUUGCUUUAGUGUGGAGCGCACAAAACAUACUUGAUCACAGACCACGACAACCAAAACAUAUAAACCAAGGAGCUUUAUACAGAUAUAUGUGAUGGAGUUUAGCGUGAGUCAAUCUGACCCAACUUUUCAUAUAUUUGUACCACACACGAAUCCAUACAAAACACACACUCGGUUGUUCGGUGGCCGGUUAAUCCCAUUAUUAUAAUCUUAAAGUAUGUUUCUGUCCGCUAACUAGACAAGCACACAAUUCGAUAACAAAACAAAGGAAUACAAGAACCAAAAAUCUUAAAAAUUAACACGGAAUGGGAGUUGAAUGAGGAAAUGCGUAGGGAAGGUUGGUGAGACUCCAACCGAAAGACUCCUAAAAGGGUCUGCUUCGUAUUUUCUGAAGGGGCCCCAUUACCAAGAAUAGAAAAAAAGCAAAACUGUGUUGGUCGAAAUUUCACACUGACUUUUCAUUCCACACAAAAGCAAAGAAAACGUUCGAAAUGGAAUUAGCUUUUUAAUUUUUAAGUUACAGUUAUUCUGCUUCUAAUUGUAAAUCUUGUGCAAUGUAAACAAUCAGAAUUUUCUUUGAAUAUAAACAAUAUGAACACACCAAAACCAAAACGAAAAAAACAUAAGCAAACACAGUAAAAAAUGCAAAAAAAUUCAGAAGUAAAUAAAGGAAAUAUGAUAAGCUACUAAAUGACGUCAUUCAACUUAGACUAGGCUACACAGAAACCCAUAAAUUGUUAAGAUUCUAUCCAAAGCGCUAAGCAUGCGAAGUCACAAAACAUACUAGAAAUAGAUUUACAUACAAACAAUAAAUAUAUUUCGAAUAACGAAAAACAAGAUGAGAAACUAUGCAUAUUGACACAAUUGGUUUUUACGUGAUUUUAUUAACGGACAAUUUCGAACAUCAAUUUUAUACAGAUAUUGUAUACCAAACUAUACAAAUUUCUGACUUACUCUAUUUUUGGUUUUUUUUUUUAUUUUCGAAUGACUCAAGAACAUUUAUAAUAUAGGUCUAGCUUUUGAUAAUCGAUCCAAAGUGUAAAAUAAUAUGAGAACUUCUUAUAUUUUAAUGAAUGGUGAAAUUCUUUAACAUUUUGUUGUAAUGCCCACAAGAGUAGCUUGAAAGCCAAUGGAUCGGAGAAUGAAUAAAUUUGUGGGGACUUUUCUUAAAGUAUUUGAUAAACAUAUAUUUUAUUUUAUAUGCUUUUCCAAUGCGAAUGUCAGUGAGAACAAUUAACGAUAGAUUUCAAUCCUAACGCUUAAGAGUAUUAAACAAA